AUGAAAAAUGAUGACAUCAAACUUGUGGUAAAAGGUGAUCCACUGAUUCUGAAGAUGGGAACAAGGUUGUACAACAAAGUCGGGCAUGAUGCAAACCAGAAUGAUUAUAUUCGUAAGAAGCUACGCCAGUUAGGUAGAUUUGUGAAAGAGUUCAAAAGCCCCUUGGAAAGUGCUAUCAGUCCAGUUAGAUUUACUGAAGUCGUCACUGCUGUGCAAGCUGUUGCUGGGUUCAACAAGGAGAUGGGUACCUAUGUGAAGCCAAACUUAGCUCUUAAAAUUGGUCACAGCUUAAACAGAUGUGCAGGACUGAUGAAUGGUGAUGGUGGCAAGGUGACAAUGGCUGUUGAUUUCCUCCGCCUUUCUGAACUGAAGUGGAACGAAUGUGUUUCUAGGACCGCCCUUAGAACAGUACGAGAAGAGAAGUUCAACAAACCAAAGCUGCUACCCCUUGGGAAUGAUGUCAAGAAGAUGCAUGUGUUCAUGUCGCAGAUAGCAGAAGAGAAUGUAGCUCGGAUACAAUCCAAAGAAAACUGCAACGUAGAAGUUUGGUCUGAACUUUGUAAAACGACACUGGCACAGAUCAUCAUGUUUAAUAGGAGACGGUCUGGGGAGGCUAGCAAGUUAACACUUGCCACAUAUUGCCAAGCGAAGGGUGCCGCUGCAUCCAUCGGCAGCAGUGAUGUUAACGAAGCUUUGUCCCCUCUCGAGAAGAAACUGUCAGCAUCUUUCUUACGAAUCGAAACUAGGGGAAAGAAGGGACGAGGUGUUCCGAUUCUGCUAACAGAAAACAUGAAAAGACAGAUCGAAUUGCUCAUUUCGAAACGCAAAGAUGUUGGAGUCGCUGCAGAGAAUCCCUAUGUAUUUGCCAGGGCACACAUGUCUGCCAAAACACCAAUGAGGGGGAGCGACUGCCUGCGCAAUAUUUCAAAAGCUUGUGGUGCAAGUCAGCCAGAGGCGUUAACGUCAACCCGCCUUCGAAAGCACAUUGCAACGAUGAGCCAGAUCUUGAAUUUAAAGGAUAAUGAACUAGACAUGCUGGCGAAUUACAUGGGCCACGACAUUCGUGUUCACCGGGAGUAUUACCGCCUGCCUGACGACACGCUGCAAAUGACCAAGGUGAGCCGUCUGCUGCUGGCUAUGGAAAGGGGAGUCGCAAGUUAUGCUGGGAAGUCCCUGGAAGAGAUAGUGAUGGAUCCUGAAACUACAUUGCAAGAGUGGGAAAUGGACAAUGGUGGUGGCGAAGGUGAUGAAGACUCAGAUACUGAAAUGAACGAUUCAGUCCCUGUGUCUGCAACUUCCUCAGAUGACUCUACCGCAAUUCUUCAAGCCUCCGAUGAGAACAGUUGGGCACCUCGGGAUAGAACAGAUGCUGAGAAAGUAAUGCCAGAAUCUGCAUGUAAUACAAGUGACAAGAAACAGAAAUCGCAGAAAGGAAGGAUUAAGAAACGUUCUGUUCCUGUUCAAGGUGAAAGACGUCCUUGGUCUGAUGUGGAGAGGAAGGCUGUUGCUAAGCAUUUGGGACAUUUUCUUCAAUGCCUUAAAGUACCAGGACGACGUGACAUCGACAAGGCCAUUGCAGCGGAGUCAGUUCUGCAGGGACGGUCGUGGCUAGUCAUCAAGUCAUACGUUUACAAUGAAGUUCAACGGAGAAAACCAAAGAAGCAAAAGUAGACCCCGAGGUCUCUGUCAGCAAAUGAACAUCAUGUAUACUGCCUUGUGUGUUGUAUUCACUGUAUUUGUAGUCAUCACUAACACGG